UCUUCUCCUAUUAUGGGAACCCACACCACGUAUCCAGCAGAGUACCCUGGCCCCCUACGUGUUGCUCCUUGGGAUGAUGGGAGAAAGGGGGGAACCUGUAUUUUCUCUUGGUUUUAGGAUAUGGGCCUACUUCUUUGACCGCUCGCUUAGACUGCAAGGUAACUAAGAAUCGGUAACACACUGCGGUCUGGGGGCCUAGAUAGUCAGGCAUGCAGUCGGCCAGGUGGUGGCGGCGGAGCACGCUGGGAACGCAGGCCUUCCGUCGGCCUGGCCCGGAAGGGCUGGCGCUUGGUAACCCCAGCUUCCCUAGCAACCAAGCAGGCGAAAGCAGCAGCCAGCCGCGCUCCGCUCCGGUUGAUCCCGGAAUGCCCCUUCAGGUUAGCGAUUACAGCUGGCAGCAGACGAAGACUGCGGUCUUUCUGUCUCUGCCCCUCAAAGGCGUGUGCCUCAGAGACACGGACGUGUUCUGCACGGAAAACUAUCUGAAGGUCAACUUCCCUCCAUUUUUAUUUGAGGCAUUUCUUUAUGCUCCCAUAGACGAUGAGAGCAGCAAAGCAAAGAUUGGGAAUGACACCGUUGUCUUCACCUUGUAUAAAAAAGAAGCGGCCAUGUGGGAGACCCUUUCUGUGACGGGUGUUGACAAAGAGAUGAUGCAAAGAAUUAGAGAAAAAUCUAUCUUACAAGCACAAGAGAGAGCAAAAGAAGCUACAGAAGCAAAAGCUGCAGCAAAGAGGGAAGAUCAAAAAUAUGCACUAAGUGUCAUGAUGAAGAUUGAAGAAGAAGAGAGGAAAAAAAUAGAAGAUAUGAAAGAAAAUGAACGGAUAAAAGCCACUAAAGAAUUGGAAGCCUGGAAAGAAUAUCAAAGAAAAGCUGAAGAGCAAAAAAAAAUUCAGAAAGAAGAGAAAUUAUGUCAAAAAGAACAGCAAAUUAAAGAAGAAAGAAAAAAAUUAAAAUAUAAGACUAGUACUAGAAAUUCGGCAUCGAGAAAUCUUGCUCCAAAAGGGAGAAAUUCAGAAAAUAUAUUUACUGAGAAGUUAAAGGAAGACAGUAUUCCUGCUCCUCGCUCUGUUGGCAGUAUUAAAAUCAACUUUACCCCUCGAGUAUUCCCAACAGCUCUUCGUGAAUCACAAGUAGCAGAAGAGGAGGAGUGGCUACACAAACAAGCUGAGGCACGAAGAGCAAUGAAUACUGACAUUCCUGAACUUUGCGAUUUAAAAGAAGAAGAAAAGAACCCAGAAUGGUUGAAGGAUAAAGGAAACAAAUUGUUUGCAACAGAAAACUAUUUGGCAGCUAUCAAUGCAUAUAAUUUAGCCAUAAGACUAAAUAAUAAAAUGCCACUAUUGUAUUUGAACCGGGCUGCUUGCCACCUAAAACUAAAAAACUUACACAAGGCUAUUGAAGAUUCUUCUAAGAAAUUCUGUUCUCUGGAGGGGACUGAAUGUCAGGCCUCUGAGCCCAAGCUAAGCCAUCAUAUCCCCUGUGACCUGCACGUAUACAUCCACGUGGCCUGAAGCAAGUGAAGAAUCACAAAAGAAGUGAAAAUGGCUGGUUCCUGCCUUAACUGAUGACAUUACCUUGUGAAAUUCACUCUCCUGGCUCAGAACCUCCCCCACUGAGCACCUUGUGACCCCCACCCCUGCCCGCCAGAGAAUAAACCCCUUUGACUGUAAUUUUCUAUUACCAACCCUAAUCCUAUAAAACGGCCCCACCCCUAUCUCCCAUCCCGGACUUAGCCCGCCUGCACCCAGGUGAUAAAAAGCUUUAUUGCUCACA